CAAAACAUCUUCAUCAAUGGCGGCCUCCACUUCCUUCUCCUUCUCCUUCUUCUCCUCCAUUCUCUUUCUCCUUUUCUCCAUUUCCAUUGCCGCAACUUCCUUCCGCCCCAAAUCCCUCGUUCUCCCCGUCACCAAACACCCAUCUGGCCAAUAUAUCACCCAGAUUCGCCAACGAACUCCACUGGUUCCUGUAAAGCUAACCGUGGACCUCGGCGGUCGGUUCAUGUGGGUCGACUGUGACAGUGGCUACGUUUCUUCCUCCUACAAACCCGUCCGUUGCCGCUCCGCCCAAUGUUCCCUCUCCAAAUCCACUUCCUGCGGUGAAUGCUUUUCGCCGCCCCGCCCCGGCUGCAACAACAACACUUGCGGCCAUUUCCCCGGAAACACCAUCAUCCAACUCUCUACCAGUGGAGAAGUCACUACCGACGUCGUCUCUGUUUCUUCCACCAACGGCUUCAAUCCAACCAGAGCCGUCUCUGUCCCCAAUUUCAUUUUCGUCUGCGGCCCGACUUUCCUCCUCGAAGGCCUCAACGGCGGCGUAUCUGGAAUGGCCGGAUUCGGAAGAACCGGAAUCUCUCUGCCGUCACAAUUCGCCGCGGCUUUCAGCUUUAACCGGAAAUUCGCCGUGUGCUUGAGCGGUUCCACUAGAUCCCCGGGCGUCAUCUUCUCUGGUAACGGCCCGUACCAUUUCUUACCCAACGUCGACUUAACAAAAUCCCUCACUUAUACCCCACUCUUCAUAAACCCCGUCAGCACCGCCGGCGUCUCCACCUCCGGGGAAAAAUCAUCGGAAUAUUUCAUCGGCGUUAAAUCCAUCGUAUUCAACUCUAAAACCGUCCCACUCAACACCACUCUUCUCAAGAUCGACAGAAACGGAAACGGCGGUACAAAAAUCAGCACCAUCCAUCCAUACACCGUACUGGAAUCAUCGAUUUACAACGCGUUGGUGAAAACAAUCACGACGGAGCUCCGGAACAUUCCGCGAGUGGCGGCGGUGGCACCGUUUGGGGUUUGUUAUAAGUCAAAAAGCUUUGGAAGUACUCGAUUGGGGCCGGGUAUGCCGUCGAUCGAUUUGAUUUUACAGAACAAGAAAGUGAUUUGGAGAAUCUUCGGUGCGAACUCAAUGGUACAGGUAAACGACGAUGUAUUGUGCUUGGGAUUUGUUGACGGUGGAGUUGAAGCGAGAACGGCGAUUGUGAUCGGAGCCCACCAGAUGGAGGAUAAUUUGCUUGAAUUUGAUUUGGCAACUUCUAGACUUGGAUUUAGCUCAACUCUAUUGGGACGGAUGACUACUUGUGCUAAUUUCAAUUUUACUUCAGCUGCUUGAUUAAUUAAAAAUCUUUUUAACUCAAGUUUUCUAUCAAAUCAAAUAAAUGUUUUUACCACUACUUGUGUUGAGGUUUUGUAUUUUGUAAUUUUAAUAUUGAAUAAUUGAGGGUGAGGCUUUGGUA